ACUCCGGGCAGAGGCACAUCGGGCUGGACUCCGGGCAGAGGCACAUCGGGCUGGACUCCGGGCAGAGGCACAUCGGGCUGGGCACCGGAUCACCAGGCGGAGCGGCGGGCCCCGGCCCCCAGGCGGAGCGGCGGGCACAGGGCCCCCAGGCGGGGCGGCAGGCACAGGGCCCCCAGGCGGGGCGGCAGGCACAGGGCCCCCAGGCGGGGCGGCAGGCACAGGGCCCCCAGGCGGGGCGGCAGGCACAGGGCCCCCAGGCGGGGCGGCAGGCACAGGGCCCCCAGGCGGGGCGGCAGGCACAGGGCCCCCAUGCGGAGCGGCGGGCACCGGGUCAUCAGGCACGACAGCGGGCAUCGGGUCACCAGGCAUCAGGCCAUUUGGCUCGCCAGCGGGCACCGCGUCAUCUGGCAAGGCAGUGGGCACCGAGUCACCAGGCACGACAGUGGGCUCCGAGUCAACUGGCAUGACCGCGGGCACUGGGUCAGACAUUGGAUCGUCUGGCUCGACAGCGGGCAUCGGGUCACCAGGCAUCAGGUCAUUUGGCUCGACAGCGGGCACCGCGUCAUCUGGCAAGGCAGUGGGCACCGAGUCACCAGGCAUGACAGCGGGCACUGGGUCAUCAGGCAUUGGAUCGUCUGGCUCGACAGCGGGCAUCGGGUCACCAGGCAUGACAGCGGGCACUGGGUCAUCAGGUACCGGAUCGUCUGGAUCGACAGCGGGCACCGGUCAUCUGGCGUUGGAUCGUCUGGCUCGACAGCGGGCAUCGGGUCACCAGGUAUGACAGCGGGCACCGGGUCAUCAGGCAUGACAGCGGGCACUGGGUCAUCAGGCAUUGGAUUGUCUGGCUCGACAGCGGGCAUCGGGUCACCAGGCGUGAUAGGAUCAUCAGGCUGGGUACAGACCAUCAGGCUGGGUAGAGACAUCAGGCUGGGUAGAGACAUCAGGCUGGGUAGAGACAUCAGGCUGGGUAGAGACAUCAGGCUGAAGUGCGGCUGAGGACAGAGAAGAGCUGGAAGAUGGAACAGAGGAGGGAGCAGCCGCCACAGAGGACCUCUCCACAGGGCCAAAGAAAGGAUAGGUGCAGCGAGUGGGAGC